UGCGGAGUAUUCCCGUGUCAGUGUAGAAUAGUCAAUGAGCUCUCAGUCUUUCGUCCGCCUCAACUUGCGCUGGAUUUAAAUCACCUUCACACACAACGGCAUCAGGGGGAAAAAGGAGAACCAAAAGGGUUCCAAAUAAAUUCUAAAAAAAGAGAGAAAAAGGACCGAGAGCAGCUUAACAGAACACACGGCACUGACUGACUCUGUUGUGGAAAAAAGAAGCGGGAAAAGGCAGAGAAAAAGAGACAACGUCAACAGAACACUGAAAAAUGCAUAAUUCAGUCUGCUUCCUCAUCCUGUCGUGGGUGUUUGCGCUGCUCGUGUUUCCAGGAGUGCCGGCUCGCAGCGGAGAGUCUUUCUCAAAGCCCAUGGACAACAUCACCGUGAGGCAAGGGGACAGUGCCAUCUUAAAAUGUUCUGUUGACAACAAGGUGUCAAGGGUAGCUUGGCUGAAUCGCACCACCAUCCUGUUUGCGGGACGUGACAAGUGGUCAUUAGACCCCCGUGUGAUCCUGCUCAACAACACAGCCAUCACUGAGUACAGCAUCAAAAUUCAGAACGUAAACGUGUAUGAUGAGGGGCCAUACGUGUGCUCUGUCCUGACAAACAAGAAGCCCAAAUCCUCUAGAGUUCACUUGAUCGUACAAGUUCCCGCCAAGAUUGUAAACAUAUCUACCGACAUCACGGUGAAUGAGGGCAGCAACAUUACUCUAAUGUGUCUGGCCAUUGGAAGACCUGAGCCAACUAUAAUAUGGAAACAUCGGUCAAAAAGUGGACACAAAUUUAUGAGCGAAGGAGAGUAUGUAGAGAUCACGGCGAUCACCAAAGAACAGUCUGGAGUCUACGAGUGUAGUUCUACCAACGACAUCUCGGCUCCUGAUGUGAGGACUGUGCAAGUCACCGUUAACUAUCCCCCCUUUAUUUCAAACGCUAGGAGCACUGGCAUUCCCGUUGGUCAGAGGGGCAUCCUGCAGUGCGAGGCCUCUGCUGUUCCUGUGGCCAACUUUGAGUGGUACAAGGAGGACCGCAGGCUCUUCAAUGGACUUAACGGAAUAAAAAUUGAAAACAAAGGCAGACAAUCUAUGCUUAUCUUUUUCAAUGUUUCCGAAGAGGAUUAUGGUAACUAUACCUGCGUGGCAAUGAAUACCAUGGGAAUCACAAACGCAAGCAUCAUUUUGUAUGGCCCAGGAGCCGUGCAUGAUGUGAACAGGGCGGCCCGGUCUCGAAAGAACUCACUCUGCCUUCUCUUGACUGUGACUUUGUGGUACCUUUUCAAGUUUUGAUGCAGCAGUGGUGACCUCCAACCACUUCCAGAAUUGCAGUACAGACUUUUAAUCCCGUAUAAGCAAAUGAAUAUCACCAACACAGAUGGUUUGCAUUUUUUAGCGUUGGAUUGACCGUGUUUAUCUUCUUUUCCCUUUUUUCUUUCUGGGAGCAGGGUGGGAAGGGAGUAAAUAGGGUUACAAUAGUAUUACAGAGUAUGUGUCUCUCCAAACUUUUAUAUGUAAAAAAGGAAACAAAAACUAGUGUAAUGGUUUAAUGGUUUUGCUCAUUAUUGAGGUAUACAUUCGGAUCACUGGUGUGUCCUGUCCUGUUUUAUUCUGUACAAUAACACAUGCUUUUAAGUAACCAACAAAAAUAGUAUUUUCUGUGCUGAGUAUGGAAACUGCAAUGUUUUAUUGUUAAAUUACUGUAUUUUUGACAGUGGUAUGCGACUGAGCGAUAACAAUUUAAUAUAAAAGAUGUCAACUUACCUACAAUAUAUUGUAUUACCAUUCCUAAAACACAACAGUAUUUCAUGACAUGUAGAUAUACAAGUUGAAACAGAAAAGUAAAAAAUGCAUUUAAAAUAUUUAAAAUAAUGUCCAGACUAUUAAAGAUUGUUGUCCUGUCUGGAAUUGCAGCAGUAAGCUGCCCUUUUCUGUUGACCAGUUCCAAAAAGUAAACCAACAGAUAAUCUAAAAUCAUGUCCUAUCUUAUUUUAUUUAUUUAUUUUUGAAUUAUUUCUUUCUUUUUUUGCUUCAAACUGUGCCACAAAAAGAUACACAAUUAACAUGAUCGAUGUACCAACAGCCAUUUAUUUUAGUUACUAUUUAGUUACUACUUAAUUUCUUGCUUUUUCAAUAUAAACAAUGGCAAAACCCAAGACAGACCUUUGAUAGACAAUAAUUGAAGAAGGAUUUUCUAAAGUUUGUGUUCAGUAGUUUACAGUUAGAGCUCAACAGCUCAGUAUGAAUAUGCAUUAUAUAAAAUAAAAAUGUGUAAUGUAUUCAUUUCUGUAAAGGACUAUUUAAAAUUUCUAUAGAGCUGUCCCUUUUUGCCCUUUGACUCACUGCCACAUUUCUGUAAUAAUUACACUAAAUCAAAAUUUCUUUUAUUCAAUUUGGGCUGAUGUUACUGGUCUCAAUAUUAUUGUAAGAAACAAAAAAGGAACAAAGUCAAUUCAGUAUGUUUGGGAUGUACUGUGCAGUCUAAAAGUAGCUUAUUGUAUGUUAAUAUAUUGUAUAUUCAUAUACAGUAAUGUCAAAUGAAGGUGCAGUGACAGUGUAUUUUGAUGGGAGUAGAUCAUGUGCCGCUGCCCAAGCAUCCUUUGGACUGGUUUUAACUUCUGCAUGGUAAAAGGGCUGGGCCAUUGCUGUCAUGGCACCAUGGCACCAUUAUACUAUUUUUUUUUUUUUUUGACUGGCCAAACAAUCAAUAGAAAUGGGCUGAGAGUGUGGUGUUCUUACUCUUUGCUCCUAGCAAUAUAUCCUCACUCUCAGUGUACAUGUGAACAAAAAGCUGCACCUUUAAGAUCUGUCCUUUCUAUGAAAUGAAUAAGAAUCAUCUCAUGUCACAGCUGUCACCGUUGAUCAACCGUACAAAGCCUUACCAGAAUACAAUCAACACCUUUCUCGAAAGAAACGCGAUAUCAGGCUGCACCAGCUCACGAAAAUGCACAUAAGAGAGAGACAGGGCCAUUUUAUGAAGUGUGGAGGUUGGAAUUAGGCCUCAUGUCAAGGGAUUGGGCUCUCAAUAAACACUGUCAAUGAAAGAAAAAAGAGCGAUGAGUCGAGAUGGCUUGAUCUCAAUUCAAAGAAUACAGAAACAACAAUGCAAAAAUAAACGGAAAUCUGAUUUUUACCUUUCAUACUGAAUGUAUAACACAUAAAUGAAGACUCUACAUUGUCAUCACUGAGGUUAUUCAAAUCAAACAGCUAUGAAAGAAGCUGAAAAACACUGGAAAAAGUUAUAUCUUUGCUACUGAGUUUCUCUAUGCCAAGCCCCAUGUUAGAUCCAUGAAACCGAAUUCUUUUCAAAAAAUCUUUGUUUGCAGUGUCUUUGCCAGUAGCCCUCUUAAAUAAUAUAGCACCAUAAUAUAGAAAUUUGUCUAUUGUUUAUGCAUUGUUGAGGAAACUGCUUUGUGCAUAAUGGACAGCUUUCUGUUUGGCUGUGACAGAAACCCAGAGAGUAUAAAUGGAAUACUGCAGCAGCACCAUACCACGUGGAAAUAUUCUGCACGAAUCAAUGAAGUACAAUGAACAGCUUUUUCUGACUAGGACAGACAGCAUGUCUAUGAUUCAUUGCAUCUGUUUACAAAUUUACAAGAAAUAGGGGGAACAAGUUACUUGUGUAUUCAUUGGAGCCACACAAAUGAGUGCACACUACCAAGAAAGUGCUGCUUUCCAGCAAAGCUGGCAUAAUGUAACAAUUUUUACCAGCAUAAUACGAAAGAUAUAACAAUACGAAUAUAAGAAUAAGACCAAGAUGGCAGGAUGUUAUACAUGUGUAUAUAUGAAGGACACAAUUUACCUUUAAGCAAACAUAACAGGGAGCACAUUAUAGGACAAUUUUAUUAAACUGCAUAAUUGCAUUAUGCAAUGUGCUGCAGUAAAUGUGGUGCACAUUUAUGCUGAACAAUACAGUUAACAGAAUUUACUUAUAUUUUUGCACUGAAAUUGGCAGUUAGGCUGCACAGAUGCAGGUAUGUCUCUUCAUUUCUGUAUCAUGCUAGCUGUGUGCCUUGUGUGGAUCUGACACAAUUGGAGAAAUAGAUAUUUCAUGUAUGCCCCAUUUACUAGUCAUAGUGUAAAAGUAAUGGCCAUUAAAAAAAAAGAAAAAAG